AUGGCGCCGUCCCUCAUCAAGACGAAGCUCCAGGUUCAAGUAAAGCCGACCGACGCCGAAAAGACCGACGAAAAAUCCGACGAGGUGCACUACAAAGGGACCUGGGACGCCGUGUCCAAGAUCGCGUCUGCCGAGGGCAUCGCGGGCCUGUACGCCGGCAUGGGUGGCUCCCUGCUCGGUGUGGCCUCGACAAACUUCGCCUACUUCUACUGGUACUCCAUUGUCCGCACCGUCUACCUCAAGUACGCCAAGGCCGCCGGCCAGCCAUCCACCGUCGUCGAGCUGUCCCUCGGUGCUGCUGCCGGCGCGCUUGCCCAACUCUUUACGAUCCCUGUCGCCGUCAUCACAACCCGGCAACAAACACAAAGCAAGGGGGAGAGGAAGGGCUUCAUCGACACAGCGCGCGAGGUGGUCGAGGGUGAGGAUGGCGUUUCCGGGUUGUGGAGGGGGCUGAAGGCGAGCUUGGUGCUGGUAAUCAACCCGUCUAUCACAUAUGGGGCCUAUGAGAGGUUGAAGGACGUUCUGUUCCCGGGGAAGAAGAACCUGUCGCCAAUGGAGGCUUUCGCCCUCGGCGCGAUGUCCAAGGCGCUCGCCACUAUCGUCACCCAGCCCCUGAUCGUGGCCAAGGUCGGCCUGCAGUCGAAGCCGCCCCCGGCGCGGCAGGGGAAGCCGUUCAAGAGCUUCAUCGAGGUUAUGCAGUUCAUCAUCGCGAACGAAGGCCCAAGGAGCUUGUUCAAGGGCAUUGGGCCGCAGAUCCUCAAGGGGCUGCUGGUGCAGGGUAUCCGAAUGAUGACGAAAGAGCGCGUCGAACUCUUAUUCGUCUUGUUCGUCCGGUAUCUCCAGGUCAUGCGAUCCCGGAGGCUCGGGAAGGCUGGCGAUCUAGCGGCUGCGGCCAAGCUCGUAGCUCCUGUCACUGUGAAAUAA